AUGCCUGUCGCGUACUUGACAGGAGGAGCCUCCGGGCUGGGCAAAGCCACCGCCGAAAUGCUGGUCAAGAACGGAAUCAAGGUCUUUAUUGCUGACCAGAACGGAUCCGGCGCGGAAGCGGUAUGUGCGGACAUCAACAAGUCCAGCGGCAGCGAGAUGGCCUCGUCUGCCCAGCUCGACGUCCGCGAUUGGAACCAGCAAGCCAAGGUCUUUGGGCAGGCUGUCGCCAAAUACGAGCGCAUAGACUAUGUCUACAGCAUUGCUGGCAUCAACGAGCGGCGAUGGAUCGAUAACAACCCUAGUGUGACGAGCGGAUUCCAGGUCCCCGACCUGAGUGUGUUCGAUGUAGACGUGACUGGCCUGAUGUACACGGUUGCCCUGGCAGUUCAGCAGAUGAGACGACAAGAUAAGGAUGAGAAUGGGUUUAGAGGGAAAGUGGCGUGCGUGGCAAGUGUGUGUGGCUUUUAUUGCUGCCCGACGGUGCCGAUUUAUACGGCUGCAAAGCAUGCGGUGGUUGGAUUUGUCCGCUCUUACGGCAAGUGGCUACCGGAAGAAGGCAUCACCUUCAAUGCCGUAUGUCCCAACGUCGUCCGCACCAAUAUCUCCACGCCUGCCUUCUACGACAAGCUGGAAGCCGAGAACUUGCUCACGCCGCUGGAGAGUGUUCCGGACGCGUUUGAAGCGCUGUUAGGCAAGAACACAGCAAGUGGAGAGUGCUACGAGACUGGGCCGAACUACAAGACCCAAGGCAUCAUUCAGACCAGAGCUGCGCCGUAUCUAGACGAUGAGAGCGCGACCGUGUUUGAGAGGCUCUACGAGAGAGGGAAGCCUCUGCAUCUGCCGAAAUGA